ACAAAUAUUUCGUAAAAUUAGUUGAGAUGCGUGAAAGCUGAACACUACGAUCGUCGAAUUUUGUUUUAGAAACUUCCAACUAGGGAAGUAUGAGGACUAUUAGUAUGAAAGUAUCAAAUAUAGUUGAAUAGUUCAACUAUGUAUACUAGGUAAAAGUUUGAGCAUUUCUAAAACACUUUCAAAUUUGACCAAAAAACAAAUAUUGAUGACUUAUUCCAUUUUCUUAACUAGUCAAUUCCCUCUCUAUAAAUACUGAAACUUUGUGCAUUAACCAAUAUCUAAGUUCUUUGUUUGAUUGAAACUUGUCUGUCGUUUCUUGAAAUCUCUCUUCUGAUUCAAAAUCGUUGUGUAACGUGUAACGUGUAUCGUUCUGUUUCAAUCAAAAAAUGCUUCUUAACAUGGCUUUACUCCACUUGAUGAUACUAAUAUAUAGCUUGUUUUCAGUUUCGUCGUUACAAUUCACAGAAAAAUCAAUUGCUAAUGCUACUACUAUAACCAAACCUGGCUGUGAUAGCAAAUGUGGGAGCUUAACUGUUCCAUUUCCUUUUGGUAUUGGUAAUGGAACAGGCUGCUCGAUUGAUCCUUCAUUCGAUAUCACUUGCAACGUUUCGUUCAAUCCUCCAAAGGCUUUUCUUUCUGGCAAAGAUAUUGAAGUGGUUGAUAUCCUAGAUGAUCAUAUACUUGUUAAGAACAACGUUGGGAGUAGGUGUUAUGAUCAAGCAGGGGCGUUGAUCAAUGAUGACUCGAUAAACUUUAGCUUGGGAUCGACAUCUUUCUCCUUCUCUGAUCUCAAUAGUUUGAUGGUAGUUGGCUGCGAUGACUUAGCUCUCAUUCUCGGCUAUGAAGGGAGGAACUUUACUAGUGGAUGCAUUUCACUAUGCUCGAAAAAAGAGGAUAUAAUUGAUGGAUAUUGCUCGGGGAUCGGAUGUUGCCAGACUUCAAUCCCAACAGGUUUGAAGAGUUUUGUGAGUCUAACAAGGAGUUUGAAUAACCAUACGAAUGUGUCUUCUUUUAACCCUUGUGGCUACGCGUUUCUUGGUGAGCCUGAUAAGUUCAUUUUCAAGAGCUCGGAUUUGUCAAAUUCGACUUUCAGGAACAAGGUUAUAGAGGAAGUACCUGUGGUGAUUGAUUGGAUUAUUGGCAAUGAUAGUUGCACUGUUGCUAAGAAAUCAGCAGAUUAUGCUUGUGGAGAAAAUAGUGUUUGUGUAGAUUCUAAGACAGGCCUCGGAGGUUAUCGUUGCAGCUGCAAACCGGGAUACCAGGGGAACCCUUAUAUCAGUCCAGGUUGCAUAGAUGUAAAUGAAUGCGAGAACGAGAAUCCUUGUGAUGGGAUAUGCAAUAACUUUCCUGGAGGUUACAGCUGCACUUGUCCACAUGGUCAGAUUGGUGAUGGAAAAAAGGACGGCCACGGUUGCAUCCCUAAGAACUCUAAGUCACCUAUCCUUCAACUAUCACUCGGUUUGUGCUUUGGCUUUCUGGCUUUGGUCAUCAGUGCAACUUGGAUAUACUUAGGCAUCAAAAGAAGACGACUCAUACGACUCAGGGAAACGUUUUUUCAGAAGAAUGGUGGAUUGAUGCUAACGCAGAAACUCCGAUCAAAUGAAGGUGGUAUGAAGUAUGCAGCUAAGAUCUUUACAGCAGCAGAACUCGAAAAAUCAACCAACAACUAUGCUGAGGAUCGUAUCCUAGGCCGAGGUGGUUAUGGUACCGUUUACAAAGGUGUCCUUCCGGACAAACGUGUAGUUGCUAUUAAAAAGUCGAGAACAAUGGACGUCAGCCAAAUAGAAUUGUUCAUCAAUGAAGUGAUCAUUCUCUCUGAAGUCAAUCAUCGAAACGUGGUGAAACUCUUGGGGUGUUGUUUGGAGUCUGAAGUACCUCUACUAGUCUAUGAAUACAUUUCAAAAGGUACACUCUACUAUCAUAUUCAUGAUGGUGGAGAUCAGACGCGUUGGUUUUCAUGGGAAAAUCGAUUAAGAAUAGCAUCUGAAGCUGCUGGUGCACUCGCGUAUCUUCAUUCUGCAGCUUCUACACCUGUAAUUCAUCGAGAUGUGAAGUCUACAAACAUUCUACUCGAUGAGAAUUACACAGCGAAAAUAUCAGAUUUCGGGGCUUCUAGAUUAGUGUCAUUGGAUCAAACUCAAGUGACUACAUUGGUUCAAGGAACUUUAGGUUACUUAGAUCCCGAAUACUUCCACACAAGUCAAUUAACUGAAAAGAGCGAUGUUUAUAGUUUUGGUGUGGUUCUUGCAGAGCUCUUAACAGGGCGAAUGCCACUAGAUACUACAGCAUCCGAAAAAGAGAGAAAUCUAGCUGCAUUUUUCGUUAGGUCUAUUAAGGAAAAUCGAUUGUUUCAAGUACUUGAGACACGUGUGCUACGAGAAGGAAGUUUUGAGCAAUGUCAAGGUGUUGCUGAGCUCGCGAAGAGAUGUCUAAGGUUAACGAGUGAAGAAAGGCCUACGAUGAAAGAAGUAGCGAUGGAGCUAGAAGGACUAAGGAAGUUCACAAAACAUCCAUGGUCUAAAACUCAACAAUGUCAAGAUGAGGAGAGUAUUGGACUAAUAACAGAACAAACACUGGACCUUUACGCGAUCAAUAUGAACACGAACUUCAUGUCUAACGGAGAAUUCUCUGGACAACAGAGCUUGGAUAGUCGUAUGAUGUUACAAAUUCAUAGUCCCCGGUGAUCGAUUACUUGUGUAAACCCUGCAUUUUUGUGUUCUAACUUGUAUGUUGCAGAAUGUAGUGUUUCCUUUUAACUAAAUGUGUCAAAAUUCAUUCACGAAAAUAUGAUCCGUCUAAUCCGUCCAUGUUUGAACUAGUCAUUGGUUCGUUUAUUUACUAGCUCAACUCAUUUCAACGCCUUAAAAAAAAACUGUGCCGAUAUGUUGCAGAAUAUCAAUUUAUAGCUAUAAAAGUUAUACUAUUAAAAUUAAAUAGAAAAUUAAAUUUUACUAUUUUUAUUGAUAAUGUUUAUGUCUAUACAAUAUAUAAAUUUCAUCAUUCAUAACAACUGACAAAAAAUAUGUAGAUGUUACUCUACAAACCACAAUUCAUCCAUAUAUUUUAUGACAAAAACUUGAAAUAUUAAAUAAAAAAAUCAAUUCAAGAAUUUUUUGUUUAGGUCAACAAUAUAUCAUCUACAUACCCCACCCCCACUCUCUUCAAAUAAUAGAAGGAAUGAUUUUUUUUUUAAAUCAUUUGAUACGUGUUAUUUAUAUUGAGUUUAAACUUGCGUCAAAAAAGUCUUACAUUGAGAAGUAAAACAAUCUCUAAUGAAAAUAAUACUGUAUCUAGAGAAAUCUGAAUUCGAAAAAUUUGAUUAAAAAUUUAAAAUGUUUUACCACUUUAUCAUGAUCCCUCGUUACCAGAUGAAGGAAUGAUUCAAUCUUCCAUUAUUUCAUACGCCCUAUAUACACACCAUUAAAACAACCUCAAAUUUCUAUUUUCCACUAGUACACACUUAUCAAGAUUCAAUACAAAUGUCUUUAUCGAAAUUUGAACCAAAUGAUGACAUACUUGAUUUUGUAAUCAAGAAAGCAAAUGGACUAAAAGGCCUAGUAGACACAAACCUUGAAGUUAUACCAAGUCAAUGCAUUCAACCAAAAGAACAAAGGCUAGACAAAUCUCAAACUGAUAAUCAAGAAUCAAUCCCCACAAUUGAUUUAUCAAAUUUUGAUGAUUUAAGUGUUGAAAAAUCGAUUCAAGAAGCAGCAAGCAAGUGGGGUUUCUUUCAAAUCAUCAAUCAUGGCAUCCCAAUCGAAGUUCUUGAUGAUUUAAAGGAAGCAGGACACAAGUUCUUUGAAUUGCCAGCUGAAGAAAAAGUUAAGUAUAGUACAGAAAGCUAUAGCGCUGGUGAAUCUGUGUUGAUGUUUUGGAGUGCUAUUGGUGAGAAAGAUGAGAAAGUCUUGGAGUGGAGGGAUACUAUAAGACAGGGAUGUAAUCCACAAAAUGAUAGCAAUCUUUGGCCUUCUCAAACAAGGUAGUUUUUUUUCGGAGUUUUCUAUACACUGUGUAAUCUAUUGGUCACGAGUUUUUAUGUAUUAUUUUUUGAGAGUUU